AUGGACAACCAGACCCAAGUCUCUGCGUUCAUCCUCCUCGGCCUUUCUGAGCAGCCCCUCCAGCAGCAGGCGCUCUUCGGGCUGUCCUGCAGCCUGUAUCUGGUUGGGUGCCUGGGGAACCUGCUCACCAUCCUGGCCAUCCUCUCGGACCCUUGCCUCCACAGCCCCAUGUACUUCUUCCUCAGCAACUUGUCUCUUCUUGACAUUUGCUUUACCUCCACGACCGUUCCUAAGAUGCUGCUGAACCACCUUUGUGGGAACACCACCAUCUCCUCCGUUGCUUGCCUGGUCCAGAUGUAUUUCUUCAUUGCCUUUGGGGGCGCCGACAGCAUCCUUCUCUCGGCCAUGGCUUAUGACCGCUACCUGGCCGUCUGCUACCCGCUGCACUACAUGACAAUCAUGAGCGUCCUUCGGUGUGCCUUGCUUGUGGCGGUACCCUGGGUCUUGGCCAACCUCAUUUCCAUGGUUCACACUAUUCUGAUGACCCGAUUGUCCUUUUGUACUAAUAGGAUCCCACACUUCUUCUGUGACCUGAACACCUUAAUCAAGCUCUCCUGCUCAGACACACAAGUCAACGAGAUGCUGGUGUUGGUGCUUGGGAGCUUGGUCAUUCUAGUCCCUUUUGUGUGCAUCAUGGCCUCUUACACACCCAUCGCUGUGGCCGUGUGGAAGGUGCCCUCUGCCUGGGGGAAGUGGAAAGCGUUCUCCACCUGUGGGUCUCACCUUUGUGUCGUCUGUCUCUUCUACGGGACUAUCAUUGGGGUCUACUUCAAUCCCACAUCCACACACACCACACAGAGGGACAUGGCAGCCACCAUAAUAUACACCAUGGUGACCCCCAUGCUGAACCCCUUCAUCUAUAGCCUGCGGAACCGAGAUCUGAAGAGGGCCCUCGGGAAACUUCUCAGCAAGAAUCACUUUGCUAAGCCUCUUUGA